UGCAAGCAAGAGUAUCGCAACUCGCAAGUACCGAACGGAAUAAUAUGGUGCGCGUUUUCUUCUCGAUCGUGUACCGAGAGCUGAAAAAGGUCAUUGUGAUUUUAUAAGGGAAAAACAUUGAAAACUAGCUCCCCGAGGUGUGGAAAGUGUGCUGGGUAAAGUUCAGUCUGAGUUUUAUUUUGAAAAAGUUAAUUUCCAAUCGGUAGCAAGUGGCAGUGGAAAUAGCGCGCUAUUUUCCAGCGGAGGAGUGAGACUUUUUUUUUCGCAUUUUCUUUUGCCUCGUAAGCAUUAAAGAAAGGGACGCGAGUGAAUGAGUGAGCGAACAAACAACGACCGAAGACGGAGAAAAGAAGAAAAUCUACAUAAGAAAGCAACUUCGCGAUUCUACGCUGAGUCUCUUCAAGGCUUGCUACUAUAUUCGUACAUUCCAUCGCUCAAUAAAAUACAUAACAGCGGGCUUUGAGUUCGAGUGCUGGGAGUACUGUUGUCUGUCAAGCCGAGCUGUAGUGGGCGCGAAGCAUGAAUGAAAAUUUGACUAAAAUAUGUCGGAUAUGCCUGACGGAGGGCUCGAGGCAUAUUUUCCAGAAAACCGUGGCCCACGAUGCGUUGUACAACGUAUCGUCACUGAAUCGUAUCUCGGAAAAGCUGCGCUACGUGACGCUGUUGAAGAUCGACGAAAUAGAGAACCUCCCGCCAAUGAUCUGCGACCUGUGCAUCGUCCAGCUGAACGUGGCUUACAACUUCAAACGGCAGGCCACCGAGUCGGAUACCAAACUGCGCCAGUAUCUGAUCGAAAAUGGCAUCGAUAUAAUGAAGGACGUCCGUUCGCUUCCAGCUAUCCGACCUGCCGAUCAGCCAUCCGCACCGGUACGGACACUGUCGGUGCCGAAUCGAACGAACCAUCGUCUAAAUUCGGCCUCUUCUGCGUCGGUGUUUGAAGUUCCAACCAACCGCAUCGGUGCCGCAUCGACCAACUUACGACCCUUCGAGCCCCGCCUCAUUCCCAUCCGAAUCAAGGUGGAAACACCAGAGACGGUAGAACAGUCUUCGGAACCAGGAGACCUGCUCUCCGCAUCGACCAUUUCCCCUUUGAGCACCGGUGCUAUCCCGGUGGUGACAGUUCCAUCGACAUCGAUGGUGACAGCCAAAACGACCAGCUCCGAAAACAUUGUGAUCGAGUCAUCGCCAGGCUCCAGCAAAGGCAGCCUUUCUUCAAACGGUCGCGACAGUGCAAUGGUGGUGGUCAACAGCCAGAAUAUCAGUCUACAGGGAGACGAAGACUACGUACAGACCAUCCUGGGAUCGAACAGCAGUUUGGCCAUCAAUGCUAGCAAGUCCGUAGAAAAGCACGACGCGAGCACAGAAAAGUCCACCAAAAAGACAAACGCUGAACCGCAAAAGCACAAACAACACUCAUCGCCAGACCAUCAAGAUUCACCAAAAGAAAGACGACUGCAGAAUUUGCUUACGUCUCUAAGAAUCAACAUGGUCACGAACGCAAGAUUCCCUCAAUCGAAGCUGCGCAUUAAGCCCCGAAAGAAGCUUCAGAAGCAAAAGCAAAAACAGCAAAUCCACCUCAAUCCGACACCGAAGCCCAAAAAAGCUCCCACCCAGCCGCCACCGCCGAAGAAAAUUGCCAGACGACACUCCAUGGAUCUCGCUCAACUGCUAAACGGCACGAGAAUCAAAAAAGAGCAAAACCCCAAGAAAAGUUCCGACAAGAAAAGUCCCGGGAAGAAACAGCAUGUCAUCAGUCCGCGAAAGCUAUUUUCGCUGAGGGACAUGAUCCGGGAGGAACGCGUCCGGCAGAAGGAAACUAGUAGCAGCAAGAAGCAAACUGAAACGGCUUCGAAACCCGCCGGUGGUCAAAAGGUGCAUGACGACAGGACAAAGACGACGGUCUCCUGAGUGAGAAUCAAGAGGGAACCUUGCUGCUGAGAAGGAUUCCUGGAUUUUCCGGUACAAAAAACCAUAGGUUACAGCUGAACAAACGAUUGUUACGAUAGAGAUAUGCUAGCAUGGCAAGAGACACCCUAUUAUAAAUUAGAAAAUAUGUAGUUUUCCGCGUACAGUAAAAUGAGAUUCGUCGCAGACAAAGAGAGAAACCAGAUUUUUUAGAAACGUAGUAAAUAGUUCGUUGAGGGCAGUUAGUGUCCGACAUCCUUUUACAGUUACAGUUCUAUAUUUAUUCGCAAGUAGGUAAAGCUGCAGCUGACAGCAACUGGCGGAAGAAACUUCAAUAGUUCAAUUAGUGCCUUGGAGUAGAGUGGAUAUGUUUAGGAAGUUAGAUAAGCGUAGAUGUAGACCAUCUGAUCAGCCACGCAUAAGUUGUGUAGAGGCACGAAAGUUUUUAGCCGGCACUUAUUACACUUGCAGACAAUUGUUUUUUUUUUUCUUUUACUUUGGAAGAGAUUAUACCGCCUACAACCUUAUACAAAGUGGUUUCUAUAGACAGUUAACAAAGCUGUUCAUUCGUUACGUUGAGUUCAAUGCUCUUACAUUGGCUUCGAUUUAUAUUUUUUUUCAUCUUUAUAUACACAAACACUAAACUGUCAACCGGAACUAUUUGAAGCUAAUAAAGGUGCGA